UCGAUGGUGGAGGCGAUGGGGUGGGCUCAGGAUCUCGAUACCAUCUAUUUCCUCGUUUCUUUCAUGCCCGCCUCUCAUCUCCUUAUCUCUCUCUGUCUUCUUCAGGUGACCAAAGGGAUCUCGUGUUUCUUGACUUGAGACAUUUAUGCUCAUGAGGCAAGUUUUUCAGAAGUGAAGUGAAGGAAGGAGAAAAGGUUAUGAGAAAACUCAAUUUUUAAGAAGAUGACAAUGUCUCUUACUAAAAAGAAACAGAAGACAAUCACAGUAAACCCAGGUAUAUCCUCGUUAUUCUAUUUAUAUACAUAUAUAUGCUCAAAAUAAUAAUGCCUUUAAUAUUCUACUUUCUAUUAUUUUCUCUAUAAUUAUAAAUACUAAAUUUUAAAAUAUUUUUCAUACAAGAAAAAAAAAAGUAUAGCUAAUUUUGAUGUAUAAUAUAUAUUUUAUUCUAUUUUUUAGAUUGGGCUAGAUUACCAUGCCAUCUUCUUGAUUUAAUUUUGGAAAAAUUGGAGUCUUUCAAAGAUAUUCUACGAUUUUAUGGUGUGUGUGUUUCAUGGAAUUCUAUAGUAAAACACAAUAAAACUAAAUGCUUGAUGAAGACUUCACACCAAGUUCCCAUGCUUAUGGUUCCUAAUAGAAAACAACAUACUUGGGAUAUGUAUGAUCCAAUGACUAAUAAGUUCAAAGAAAUAUCUAAAUUACAUAUACCUUAUGAUAAGCGUUUUGGAGGAUCAUCACAAGGAUGGCUAGUAACUGUGAAUCGUGAUUUCACGGUUACACUAUACAAGCCUUACUCUACAGAUCAUGAUAGUGCAAUCAUCAAUCUUCCGUGUUUGUUUCCUCCAGAAGUUGAAGAUGGGGAUCUUGAAGGAUUGGAAGAUAUGAGAGAAUAUUGUGAUCAACAUAUUUACAAAGCGACAAUCACUGCAGAUCCAUUAAUAAAUCCAAAUGAUUAUAUGGUUGUGGUCAUUUAUUUACAUUGUUGGAAAAUAGCCAUUAUAAGUCCCGGGAGAGAUAAUAUUUGGAGAAAAAUUGAUCCAGAUGAAGAAAUAUUUAGUGAUAUAUUGUUCAAUAGCAAUAAGUUUUAUUUUCUUAAUCAUAAUCAUGACACUCUUUCAUCUUAUGAUAGUCGUGAGCCAUACUGUGGUACAAAAGUAACUUGGAAUAAUUCUGACAAUUGGUUUGGUAUCAAGUCUUAUAUUGUGAAGUCAUUUGAGGGAGAUAUUUUACAAGUGUUAAGACGUUGUGAAUGGAAAGAUAGUUUGACAAUACGACGUACUACAAAAGUAAAUAUUUUUAAAUUGGAUUUUGUUGAUGGAGGAGUAAAAAGGGUUAUAGUUAAAAGUCUAGGAGAUGCUGCUCUCUUUCUAGGAGAUAACUCUUCAAUAUAUGUGCGUGCAUCAAACUUUCUUGGAUGUAAAUCAAAUUGCAUCUAUUUCAGUCAUGACACUGAUUUAAUCUCAUACGGUCCUCAGGGAGUUCCUUGUGAUUGUGGCAUCUACAAUCUCGGAGAUAACAAUUUAUAAAAAAUUUACAUUAUUAUUAGAUGAUGAAGAUUCAACAAUAAUUUCAAAAAUGGAGGCCCAACCACCCAUAUGGAUUCAACCUACCUUGAAUUUAUGAUUUAUAUUUUUUUUUAUUAUUUAAUUAAUAUUGAUAUUAUUGGCACGACUACUAUGCAGGGGUCCACCCAAGUAUUGGACAGCUUGGGCCAUUGCACAAGGCUCCCUCUUUUUUAAGACCUACUUUCUUUUUUUUUUUUUGUUCUUUUUUUGAAAAAAAGCCUAUUUUUCUACUUUUUCGAGAAAUUAUAGUAAACAGUCCCAAUUCAUAAGACUAUGUUAAUAAAUGUUCUCAUUUCAAAACUUGUAGCAAAUGACUCUUUUAAAUUAUUUAUUAUGUAUAUUGUC